AUGUCAUAUACAAAUAUGGAAGUUCUUUCUCUCUCUGUCACACUCACCAAAUCUCAAACCUUUCCCUCUCUCAAACAACCACUUCACCAACUUCCAAUAACCACAACACUACCCAACAAAAUCAAUCUUUCUUCUUCUUCCAUUUCAUGUAACUCCUCUUUUACCAGAAUCUCGGCAACGAAUGCACAACCAUCAAUUUCACAAACCAAUAUGUUGUUUCCUGCAGGAAAUUCAAAGCAUUGGAUUGUUAGAAUGGAUAAGCCUGGUGUUGGUGUUGUUACCAAAGCUCAGAUUGUUGAUUAUUAUGCUCAAAUUUUGACCAAGGUUAUGGGAAAUGAAAAAGAUGCACAAAUGUGUUUGUAUCAUGUUUCUUGGAAAACCAACUUUGGCUUUUGUUGUGAAAUUGAUGAGGAGUGUGCACUUGAGUUAGCUGGUGUGCCUGGUGUCUUGUCAGUUCAGCCAGACCAUAAUUUUGAGUCUGAAAAUAAGAAUUAUGAAGGUAGAAACUUGGAAAAUAGGCUGAAUGUGCCUAGUUCUUUGGAAGAAACUCAGGAAACUCCAGUGAAAACGAAGAAACUUUUUGUGACAGGGCUAUCAUUUUAUACAUCUGAGAAAACCUUACGUGCUGCAUUUGAAGGCUUUGGUGAGCUUGUUGAAGUUAAAGUCAUCAUAGAUAAAAUUUCAAAAAGGUCCAAGGGUUAUGCAUUUAUUGAAUAUGCUGCAGAAGAGGCUGCAAGUGCAGCACUCAAAGAGAUGAACAACAAGAUUAUUAAUGGCUGGAUGAUAGUGGUAGAUGUUGCUAAGACUACCCCGCCAAGAUACAACAAAGGUCGCGCCAGACCAUCUGCAUGA